GCACAUGCGCACCGCGGCCGGCCGCGCACCGUAAGGAGUGGCACUUUUAAAAGUGCAGCCGGAGGCUCGCCCGCAGCCACCAGAACGUCUGUCCUGCGCCGGGUCCGCCCGUCCCAGCCGCGCGCCCCGGUCCUGCACCAGUCCGGCCCAGGCCAGUCUAGCCCGCACCAUGCCGGUCAAAGGAGGCACCAAGUGCAUCAAAUACUUGCUCUUCGGAUUUAACUUCAUCUUCUGGCUUGCGGGGAUUGCAGUCCUUGCCAUUGGACUAUGGCUCCGAUUCGACUCUCAGACCAAGAGCAUCUUCGAGCAAGAAACUAACAAUAACAAUUCCAGCUUCUACACAGGAGUUUAUAUCCUGAUCGGAGCCGGCGCCCUCAUGAUGCUGGUGGGCUUCCUGGGCUGCUGCGGCGCUGUGCAGGAGUCCCAGUGCAUGCUGGGCUUGUUCUUCGGCUUCCUCUUGGUGAUAUUUGCCAUCGAGAUAGCUGCGGCCGUCUGGGGAUAUUCCCACAAAGACGAGGUGAUUAAGGACAUCCAGGAAAUGUACGAGGACACCUACAACAAGCUGAAAUCCAAGGAAGGGCCCCAGCGGGAGACGCUGAAAGCCAUCCACUACGCGUUGAACUGCUGCGGUUUGGCUGGGGGUGUGGAGCAGUUUAUCUCGGACAUCUGCCCCAAAAAGGACAUCCUCGACAGCCUCACCGUGAAGCCCUGCCCGGCGGCCAUCAGAGAUGUCUUCGAGAACAAGUUCCACAUCAUCGGCGCGGUGGGCAUCGGCAUUGCCGUGGUGAUGAUCUUUGGCAUGAUCUUCAGCAUGAUCCUGUGCUGUGCUAUCCGCAGAAGCCGAGAGAUGGUCUAGAGUCAGCCUACGUGCCUGAGCAGGAAAGUUUACCCCAGAAGACUGUUGGGUUUUUUUGGAUUUUUGCCACUAACUUUAGUAUUCAUUCUGCAUUUCUAAACCAAAAAAGUUAUUAUAUGUUUGUCUUUUAAUGCUUCAUUCGAUAAUUGAUAUUUGUAGCUGAGGGGGUCUGGUUUGCUUUUGGUUUAUAUGUUUUGGUUGUUUGUUUUUGCUUGUUAUGUUAAGCAGCAGCCCUGCAAUGAAAGGUACUAUAUUUGCUAGACUCUAGACAAAAGAUACUGUACAUAAAGAGAAUUUUUUUCUUUAAAUAGAUAAAAAUGUCUAUCAAAUUUAAUCAGGUUGUAACUUAUAUUGAAGACAAUUUGAUACAUAAUAAAAGAUACGACAAUAUCCUG